AUGGCUAUGAACCCCACUAAGUUCUUUAUUAAAGAUCUUAUAAAUAAGCCUACACCUUUAGAAGUAUGGGUUCAAGGAACUAUUGAACAAGCGGUUGGGAGCGAUAUUAUAAUAUUGAUAAUUUCUGAUUCUUCUGGGCGAGCUAAAAUUGUGAAAUGUGAAACUGCUGAUGGUGUAAUUGAUAAAAGUUUAUUAAAAAAAGGUGUUUACUGUUGCAUAAUUGGCAUAGCAGUAAAAACUAAAGGGCUACCAGAAAUUGAAGCAACAAAAUUUAUUGACCUGAGUUCUCAGCCACAUAUGAAAGCAGCUUGGUAUGAUGAAGUUAGAGAAGCAGAACUGCUAAUACACGGAAAAAUAAAACCCAUAAUUUAA